AUGCUGUGCUUCGUCGCCCUCGACGACUUCACGGAGCACUGCCGCCGCGUCUACUUUGCCGCCGAGGACUACCCGCCGGCCAUCUUCAUCAUCGUCAUCGUGGGCCUGUUCUACAUGUUCCAAGAGAAGAUCGGCACGGCUUCCAACGACGACCGGCUGGACGAGUACAAGCGGUACUCGGAUCUAUGCCGCGUGAACCUCGAGACGGCCCUGGCCCACCUCAACCUGCUGUUCCCAGCGACCAAGGAGAACAUUGAGGCGCUCCUGAUAGGGGCAUCGUGGGCCGUCGAGAUCUCCAAGCCCUCCCUCGCGUGGCAGCUCAACAUCAUGGCCUCGCAGCUCUGCCAGACGCUCGGCUACCACCGCGCCUCGACCUUCCGGGACCUGUCGCCCGAGGCGCGGGACAUGGACAACCGGCCCAUCCUCUUCUGGCUGGCCUACAUGCUCGACAGGGGGCUGGCGCUGCGGCUCGGGCGCUCGCCGACCAUCCCGGACUACGACAUCACGGUGCCGCGCGAGAUCAGGCACUCGGCCAUCACGCCCGAGUGGCAGGAGAUCCUGGGGAUGUGGGUCAAGCACGCCGAGGUGCAGGGCAACAUCUACGAGAAGCUGUACAGCCCGCGGGCGCUGGGGGAGCCCGUGGAGAAGCGGGUCGAGGCGGCGCGGGGCUUGGUGCAGGAGAUCAAGGUCAUGUCGACGUCGGCGCACCUGAUGCGCACGCGGCUGCCGCAGCGCAAGGGCCUGACGCCCGACUUCAACUCGACAACGCUCGACAUGCUGGUCAAGUCGGACGAGGUGUCGCUGCUGUCGUCGCUGACCAUGGUGUACCGCGCGAUACCGCCGCCGCCGGGCGCGAGGAGCACCUUCAACAUGGAGUGCGUCGAGUCGGCGAGGGAGGCGAUCCAGAUGCACCUGUACUGCAUGGACCUGCUGGUCACGAGCGAGUACCUGACGGAAGCGUAUCUGCAUUGGACUAUCCUGUACGCGCCCUUCACGCCCUUCAUCGUCCUCUUCUGCCACGUCAUCGAGACGUCCAACGCCGACGACGUGCGCCGGCUGUCGGGCUUCCUGGGGUCGCUGCAGAGCACGUCGGCCGUGUCCGAGGCGGUGGCCAAGCUGCACGGCAUCUGCCAGAUCCUGUACAACGUGGCGGUGCUGUACGUCGACGCCAAGGCCAAGUCGCAGGAGGACCAGGCCAUGUUCCCGAUCGGCAACGAGGUCGACAUGUACCUGAGCGCGCUGGGGUUUGCCAACGCGCCGACAGACGAGGCCAUGGCGGGCGCGGGGCUGGAGAACAUGACGCCGGGGGGCGCGGGCGAGAUGGCACAGGCGGCGCAGCUGGGGGACUGGUACUCGGGCAAUCGGUACAUGAUGGGGCUGCUGGAGGAGGAUCUGUCCCAGUUUGGCCAGAUGAACUGGAGUGGAUCGUAG